AUGCCACAGCACUAUACACUCAUCGCUUCGACGGCUGCACUUUCUGCACUGGUUCCGCGCCAGAUGCGAAACUGCCCCGCUAUACCUACAUGCCCUCGCUGGAACGGUUGCGUAUCUACGUCCACCAACGGUGCUGUAUUCCAGCUCACCUGUGCGACCGACUACAACGGCCCCAUCAUCGACUCCGCCCAGGCCGAUGUAUUCGUCGACUGCGCAGAUGCUUGCUCUCGACACAAGGAUUGCGUCGCAUUCAACAUGAAGGGAAGUUUCUGCUACCUUCUGGGCAACCCCAAGGGUACUGCCCGGCCAGCAACCAACGUGUCCACCGGCAAUCAGCUCAAGGGCCCGACCAUCGCAGAGCCCGCGCCUGGCUCCUCGACAUGCACCGACGUCAUCGACUGCCCUACCGAUGACAAGUGCAGGUACACCACUGCGAACCAGAAGCCGUUCAUUGCACAGUGUAACUGGGACUACUAUGGUGGCGACAUCGCCUACAAGUCAACCGAGUCCAUGACCAAAUGUGUGGACGUGUGUUCUGUUACCACAGGAUGCGUUGCCGUUACUUGGUUUGACCAGAACUGCUACCUCAAGAACAACAACACCAACAUGAUCUACAACAACAAUGUUGAUAGUAAGCCAUUUGUGCAAUUGCGAGUUUGA